UAGUAAUAAUGAACCUGAAAAUGAUGUUAAUACUGACCAACUGGUUGCAGCUAUUCAGCCACAAAUAUGCAUAAAAAGAGAAAAACAACCAUCGCAAGCACAACCAGAAAUGAUAAAACAGCAACCGGAGCAAGAACACGAGCAAGAACAGAAGCAGCAGCAGGAUCAGGAUCAGGAUCAGGAUCAGAAUCAGGAACAAAAACAAGAACAACAACAACAACAACAACAACAACAACAACAACAACAACAACAACAACAACAACAACCACAACAACAAGAACAAGAACAAGAACAAGAACAAGAACAAGAACAAGAACAAGAACAAGAACAAGAACAGGAACAGGAACAGGAACAGGAACAGGAACAGGAACAGGAACAGGAUCAGGAUCAGGAUCAGGAUCAGGAUCAGGAUCAGGAUCAGGAUCAGGAUCAGGAUCAGGAUCAGGAUCAGGAUCAGAAUCAGAAUCAGAAUCAGAAUCAGAAUCAGGAUCAGGAUCAGGAUGAACAGGAACAGGAACAGGAUAAGGAUCGGGAUCACGAUCACGAUCACGAUCACGAUCACGAUCACGAUCACGAUCACGAUCACGAUCACGAUGAGGGUCAGGAACAGGAACAGGAACAGGAACAGGAACAGGAUCAGGAUCAGGAUCAGGAUCAGGAUCAGGAUCAGGAUCAGGAUCAGGAUCAGGAUCAGGAACAGGAACAGGAUCAGGAUCAGGAACAGGAACAGGAACAGGAACAGGAACAGGAACAGGAACAGGAACAGGAACAGGAUCAGGAUCAGGAUCAGGAUCAGGGACAGGAAAAGAAGCAGGAACCGGAACACCAACACCAGCACGAACGUGAACAGCAACAGCAACAGCAACAGCAACAGCAACAGCAACAGCAACAGCAACAGCAACAGCAACAGCAACAGCAACAGCAACAGCAACAGCAACAGCAACAGCAACAGCAACAGCAACAGCAACAGCAACAGCAACAGCAACAGCAACAGCAACAGCAACAGCAACAGCAACAGCAACAGCAACAGCAACAGCAACAGCAACAGCAACAGCAACAGCAACAGCAACAGCAACAGCAACAGCAACAGCAACAGCAACAGCAACAGCAACAGCAACAGCAACAGCAACAGCAACAGCAACAGCAACAGCAACAGCAACAGCAACAGCAACAGCAACAGCAACAGCAACAGCAACAGCAACAGCAACAGCAACAGCAACAGCAACAGCAACCAACAGCAACAGCAACAGCAACAGCAACAGCAACAGCAACAGCAACAGCAACAGCAACAGCAACAGCAACAGCACAGCAACAGCAACAGCAACAGCAACAGCAACAGCAACAGCAACAGCAACAGCAACAGCAACAGCAACAGCAACAGCAACAGCAACAGCAACAGCAACAGCAACAGCAACAGCAACAGCAACAGCAACAGCAACAGCAACAGCAACAGCAACAGCAACAGCAACAGCAACAGCAACAGCAACAGCAACAACAUUUAGUUAUCACUAGUUCAACGGUGAUCAGCAAUAACAGACAAUUUAACAAUAGUAUUGUUAAUCCUAGUUCCGCACACCAUCAACUACUUGUUAAACGUGAUCGUGGUAAUAGAGUAUAUGUUUCCCAAUCAAUUGUUUCGCCUAGAUCUUCAACCACGCGGCAAUCGGUGAGCCCUGCUGCAAUUUCUAUUAGCAGUACUUCACCACUGCAUUUGCCUUCCGCUCAGCAGCAACUGCAUCGAGAUAACCAUAGCCCAAGUAUUCAGGCAGAAUCCUCGAGCGUGACAAUGCCACCACAUCAAAACCAGUCGCCUUAUCCGCAUAUUAUUAUAAAACGGGAAAGUGGUUCAUCCAAACUACUUUAUCAUCAGCAGCCGGCUAUAGUAGUUCCUGUGGGCGUCGUUGGAGUCGAAGGAUAUUCUAACGCUAGUAUUACGGCUGAUGCUCCGUCCUUACAGACCUCGGGAGUAAUAAAAGCAACGACAUCGGAAAACACUAAUAUUCGUGAUAGCUCGGGUUUGUUGCGGGUUAAAAACGAGGCAAACGCACACCAGCCAACUACAUCUUUGGCACCGGUUCAACAACCUCAACAUUCACAACAACGUAUGUUAUGGCCUGUAACAGCAUCGGCACGUAUCAACGGAGUUAAACCGGAAGUUAUUGGAGGUCCAUUGCCUCCGAUUAGAAACCAAAUAUCCUCACUUCAACAGCAUCAGCUCCAUUCUGCGGCACAUCAACCCCAGCAUGAACAAGAACAUCAUCAGCAACCACAGCAGUAUCAUCGUCAACUCCAGCAGCAACAACUAAAACAGCAUUCCCCGCAUCAGCAUCACUCUAGUGCAAGACCCAUGACAUCGCAGACUCCUCCUCGGAAUACUCCUACAGUGAUAAUGGGUGAAUCGUGUGGAGUGCGUACAAUGGUAUGGAGCUACGAUUCUUCGCUGAGCAUACAUAGCUCAUCUACUAUUUCUGAUGAAAUAAAGCCCGGUUUAUUAAGCCAG